CGUGGCCGGGCGGGGAGGAAGAGAAAGGCGGCGGGAGGCGCCCGACAAGAUGGCGGCGGCGCGGCGGUAGCUGCCGGAGCGGCGCCAGCGGGGCCCGAGCCGGGGCGCGGCGUCGCCCUCUCGCCGGCGGGCGGCCAUGGGCAGCGGCAAGGGGGAGGCCCCGCGGAGCCCCUGAGCGCCCGCGGAGCCCGCGGAGCCCGAGCCCCGCUCCCCUCCGCCUCCCCGUCGCCCGCCCGCCCCCCCCUCCCCGCGGGCCGGGCCCGGGCCCGCACCAUGUCGGACACCCGGCGGCGGGUGAAGGUGUACACCCUCAACGAGGACCGGCAAUGGGACGACAGGGGCACCGGGCACGUCUCGUCCACCUACGUGGAGCGCCUCAAGGGGAUGUCGCUGCUGGUGCGCGCCGAGGCGGACGGUUCGCUACUGCUAGAAUCGAAGAUAAAUCCAAAUACAGCGUAUCAAAAGCAGCAGGACACCUUGAUUGUUUGGUCAGAAGCAGAAAAUUAUGAUUUAGCACUGAGUUUUCAAGAAAAAGCUGGCUGUGAUGAAAUUUGGGAGAAAAUCUGCCAGGUUCAGGGUAAGGAUCCUUCAGUGGAAGUCACACAGGACCUUAUCGAGUCCGAAGAGGAACACAUAGAAGAAAUGCCUGAAACUAGUCCUUUGAUCGACCUUCCUUCUUGUGAACUCAACAAACUUGAAGAGAUUGCUGACCUAGUUACCUCUGUUCUCUCCUCACCCAUCCGUAGAGAAAAGCUAGCGCUGGCCUUGGAGAAUGAAGGCUACAUUAAAAAACUAUUGCAGCUUUUCCAAGUCUGCGAGAAUUUAGAGAACACAGAAGGCUUGCAUCAUUUGUAUGAAAUUAUUAGAGGAAUUUUGUUCCUCAAUAAAGCAACUCUGUUUGAGGUGAUGUUUUCUGAUGAGUGUAUUAUGGAUGUUGUUGGAUGCCUUGAGUAUGAUCCUUCUUUGGCUCAGCCAAAACGGCACAGGGAGUUCUUGACCAAAACAGCAAAAUUUAAGGAGGUUAUUCCUAUAACAGACUCUGAACUCAGGCAAAAAAUCCACCAGACUUACAGGGUACAGUAUAUUCAGGACAUCAUCUUGCCGACACCAUCUGUUUUUGAAGAGAAUUUUCUUUCUACCCUUACUUCCUUUAUUUUCUUCAACAAAGUUGAGAUUGUCAGUAUGUUACAGGAAGAUGAAAAAUUUCUGUCUGAAGUUUUUGCACAACUAACAGAUGAAGCUACAGAUGAUGACAAACGAUGUGAAUUGGUUAACUUCUUCAAGGAGUUCUGCGCGUUUUCUCAGACAUUACAGCCUCAGAACAGAGACGCGUUUUUUAAAACUUUGGCAAAGUUGGGAAUCCUUCCAGCUCUUGAAAUUGUAAUGGGGAUGGAUGACUUGCAAGUUAGAUCUGCUGCUACAGAUAUAUUUUCUUAUCUGGUAGAAUUUAGUCCAUCUAUGGUCCGAGAAUUUGUAAUGCAAGAGGCCCAACAGAGUGACGACGAUAUCCUCCUCAUCAACGUGGUCAUUGAGCAGAUGAUCUGUGAUACUGAUCCGGAGCUUGGGGGAGCCGUGCAGUUAAUGGGGCUGUUGCGUACUUUGAUAGAUCCAGAGAAUAUGUUGGCCACAGCUAAUGUAAGAAAAUACAAAGGGAAAACAGAAAAAAGUGAAUUUCUCAAUUUCUUCUACAACCAUUGUAUGCAUGUUCUUACCGCACCACUUCUGGCUAAUACAUCAGAAGAUAAAUGUGAAAAAGAUGCAGUAGUUGGGUCCACUAAGAGUAAUACAAUUUGUCCUGAUAAUUAUCAAACGGCACAACUACUUGCCUUAAUUUUGGAGCUGCUUACUUUCUGUGUGGAACACCAUACGUAUCACAUCAAGAAUUACAUUAUGAACAAAGAUUUGCUAAGAAGAGUACUGGUCUUGAUGAAUUCAAAACAUACAUUUCUGGCCUUGUGUGCUCUUCGCUUUAUGAGGAGGAUAAUAGGCCUAAAAGAUGAAUUUUAUAACCGUUAUAUCACCAAGGGAAAUCUGUUCGAACCAGUUAUAAAUGCUCUGUUGGAUAAUGGAACUAGGUACAAUCUGCUCAAUUCUGCUGUGAUCGAACUGUUUGAAUUCAUCAGAGUGGAAGAUAUUAAGUCACUUAUUGCACAUAUAGUUGAAAACUUUUAUAAUGCACUUGAAUCUAUUGAAUACGUUCAGACAUUCAAGGGAUUGAAGACAAAAUAUGAGCAAGAAAAAGACCGGCAAAACCAGAAACUAAACAGUGUUCCAUCUAUAUUGCGUAGCAAUAGAUUUCGCAGAGAUGCAAGAGCCUUAGAGGAGGAUGAAGAAAUGUGGUUCAAUGAAGAUGAAGAGGAAGAAGGUGAAGCUGUCGUACCACCAGUUGAAAAGUCAAAACCUGAGGAUGAUUUUCCAGAUAGCUAUGAAAAGUUUAUGGAAACUAAAAAAGCUAAAGAGAGUGAAGACAAAGAGAAUCUUCCCAAAAGGACUUCAGCUGGGGGUUUCAAGUUCACUUUUUCCCACUCAGCCAGCGCAGCCAACGGUGCAAACAGUACAAACAGCAAAUCUGUGGCAGCUCAGACAUCACCAGCAAGCUCCAAUGGCUCCUCUUCAAAGAACGCAACCCUGACCACAGCCGUGACAGCCACGAAGGGAAGUCUAGUUGGUCUAGUGGACUAUCCUGAUGAUGAAGAUGAUGAUGAAGAGGAAGAGACAUCUCCAAGGAAAAGACCUCGUCUGGGUUCAUAAAAGAAACCAAAACUUUGGAAUAAAAACUUUUAUUACGGGGUUUCAAAUGCUGCAACUGUUUUAAGAGCUAAAAAGAAUCUGAUUCAGAAAGCUUUCUCCCAUGAGUAUGUAAGAUAACACAAGGAGUAGCAAAAGAAACUCGGUAUAUGAGCUAGAAAGGGUUAGUUCUGUAAACGCAAGGCUUCUGAGGAACUUAAUAUCUUUCUAGUAAAUAAGGAGGCUGCCAUUCAGGCUGUCAAUAAAAAAUAAAAAUAAAAACUAAAAAAAAAGUGGGUUAGUAUUCACAGAACCUGGAUGAUGGCUUCUCAGCAAGGAAAGUCUCAGGUGUUGGGAGGGCAUGGGGAGGGAAAGGUAAGGUAAACUUCUUUUUAAAUAUUGCAGGGUUUCCCCAGUGUUAAGCAGAACUAAGAAAAAGAAUUCAAGCUUAAAUUUUGAACCCAGUAAUCUUAAUUUUGUAAUGGUGCUGUCAGUUGUGUUCUUUUAGCAAUGCCUCUUUUAAAAAAAAUAAAAAAUAAUAAAAAAAAAAAGGGAAAACUAACUGUAUUUGCAUAAGAACAAUCCAGAUUUUGGGACCAUUUAUUACAAAUUGAAUUUCUCAUGGUAGGAGGGAGGGACACUGCAGUUAUAGUGCAUGUUGAGUUGUUUAAAACAGUUUAAAAAAAGUAAGUAAGUUUUAAUUUGUAUUUUUAAAGAGGAGAAAACGGAAGCUGGAUUCAAAAUGGAUGGUUUUGCUUGUUUUUUCAAUUAGAUAUCCAGUAAUAUCUAUGCCACGGAAUGACUGCUUCCAAAGUAUCUCCAGGAACUGCUUGUGUCACACUGGUGCUUUACACGGCACACUCGAAUAGCUGUCAGCUUCUUGUUGUGCCGAAUUUGAAUCACUUUCCGCUUUGUUAAAAUGAGCUGUUUCUUCUCAAAGCAGCAAGGGAUUUUCCUGUUUGCAAGUUUAAAUCGCAUAACUGAGGUGGUAAUAAGGAACACUAACAGGUUUUUAAUAGUGAUGAAUUUAGUGGUGUUUAACAUCAAACUCAUUUUGGACCAAGAUGAAAUUAUUACUAGCAGGACACCAGUUGUUGAGGCAGAAUCAACAAGCAGCACCUAAAUCUGGGUGCAAGAUGAAAGCUGCUUUUUUAAAAAUAAAAGCACAUUCCACGUAGGUAAACAAACUGCAAGAAAAAUAGGUAAGUUGAUAGAGGCAAACAGUCCAGGUUUUAUUUUCAAGAGCAGGAAGUGAACUGUAAAUAUUUUAAUGUUAGUUUGCCCAUAUGUGAUCUAAGAUCAUGAAAAAAUUAAAGAGGAAAUUUCCCAACAAUUGAUGUCAGAAAUGUUUUUUAAAAAAAUACGAAAACAGCUGCAAUCCACCACAUAGAUCACUCUUGUAAUGUGUUAUGGGUCCAUUUCUCCUGGAAUAGUUUAAACUGAAGCAGUUUCUCUGUUUUGGAGAUUUUGUAGUUAAUUUUAAUUUUAGCUAUUGUUUGGAAAAAGAUGGGCUGUCUGUGUAGAUAUGAAGUAUAGUUUUUCCAUAAAACAGAAGUUUAUUUUGUAUUAAAAAUACCACUGUACUUGUUUUACACCAUUUGUAUACAUGUGGUGAUAUUAAUGCUGAACUGUAAAAUUCAGGAAUUAAAAUGUGACCCUGUAAUUCCAUAA